AGAUAUUGCAAGAGAGAGAAAUGCUACAAAUAUAAAGAAUAUGGGCAAGACUUUGGCCAUCCCUCAACUCUUAGGAGUCAUGUGUUCUAAGGACCCUUUCAGCUUCCUGAGGAAAAGAUAGAGGCAGAAAGGAUAAUGGCUGAGUGUUUGAGAAGUUGUUCUCGGGACUCAGUGACCUUUGCUGAUGUAGCUGUGGACUUCACCCAGGAAGAGUGGACUUUACUGGACCCCUUUCAGAGGAACCUAUACAGAGAUGUGAUGCUGGAGAACUACAAGAACCUGACCACAGCAGGGUAUCAAUCAUUGAAACCCACUCUGAUCUCUUGGUUGGAACAAGAUGAUUUGAGGACAGUGGAAAGAAGAGGAGUCCUCCAAGGCUCAGCAAUUCAGCAGGAUAAUCUUGGGGGAGAAACAUCUGUUGAGAUGGAAACAGUAACAUUGGCAAGAAUCCACAAUGGAUGGAAACUCUGUAAUUGUGAGCAAUAUAGGAAAGACUUCAGUGAACACUUGAGCCUUAGGACAGGCAGGAGAACUCAAAAUGGAGGUAACACUUACGAGCAUAAUGAGUAUGGAAAAGGCUUCCUUACUCUGCAGAAGAAAACCUCUACGGUUGCGAAGCAUUUUGUGUUUAAUCACUGUGGGAAAGCCAUCAUCCUGACUCCAAAUAUUGUGAACGGGAAAACCAGUGUGGGAGAGAAAGCCUUGGAAUGCAGUGAUGGUGAGGAAGCUUGUGUGAAUCAGCCUUCUCUUCAGGCACAAGUAGUAACUCAGAAUGGGGAAAAACGCUGUGAACAGAGGGAACAUGGGAGAGCUUCUGUUCACUCCACAAGGCGUGGUAUACCUCUACGAAAUCACACCACAAAAAAAAGUUAUGAAUGUAAGGAGUGUGGGAAAGUCUACAAAUAUCAUAUAUCCAUUAAAAUUCACAUGGGAACCCACAAUGGAGAGAAACCCUAUAAAUGUAAGGAAUGCGGGAAAGCUUUCGUUAUAGCUUAUGAACUUAAGAGGCAUAUAAAAUCUCAUACUGGAGAAAAGCCCUUUAUAUGUAAGGAAUGUGGGAAAGCCUUCAUUAGAGCUGAUCACCUUAGGAGCCAUAUAAAAUCUCAUACUGGAGAGAGGCCCUUUAUAUGUAAGGAAUGUGGGAAAGCCUUCAUUAGAGCUUAUCACCUUAGGAGCCAUAUAAAAUCUCAUACUGGAGAGAGGUCCUUUAUAUAUAAGGAAAGUGGAAAAUCCUAUUUUUAUCCCUUAUUCCUUAAUGAUCACAUGCAAAAUUAUAGUGAAAUAAAAGUGCAUAAAUGUAGGGAGUGUGGGAAAGCCUUCCUAACUUCCUAUAGACUUAAAGAACAUAUAAAAUCUCAUAGUGAAGAGAGGCCUUUUCCAUGUGAAAAAUGUGGAAAAUUCUUUAAAAGUUCUUCAUAUCUUAAGAUUCACAAUCGAAUUCACACUGGAACAAAACCAUAUAAAUGUACGGAAUGUGGUAAAGCCUUCAUGAGGCCUUUUGUACUUACUGAACAUAUGAAAACUCAUGCUAGAAAGUUUUUAUGUGAAGAUUGUGGAAAAUUUUUUGUCAGAUCUCAGUUUAGGGACCAUAGAAAAUCUCACAUUGGAGAGAGGCCCUUUCUAUGUGAUCAGUGUGGAAAAUCCUUUAAACAUUCCUUAUACCUUCAUCGUCACAAGACAAUUCACUCUGGAAUAAAACCUUACAAAUGUGAGAAAUGUGGGAGAGCCUUCACUUGGAAAUCAGACCUUUCUAAACAUGUCCAAACUCAUGGUGGAGAGAAAGAAACCUGAGGAUGUAAACAAUGUGAGAAAUCCUUCAGUUAUUCCAAUUCCUCAGGAAAAACUCACCCUCUAGCAAAAUCCUGUAAAUGAAGAAUAUGUGAGAAAGCCUUCAAUUCUCUUAGUUCGUUUGUCUUGAAAGAAAUCACUUUGUCUAACUGAUGUCAGGUAUGUGGGAAAGCCCUCAGUGGCCCUGAUACACUUGACGUGAAAAGAGCACACUGGAGAGAUGGUCUUCAAGCAUAAGGAAUGUGGGAAAGCCAUCCAUCUCACAACCCAGCCUGUUAGGACUCACAGUGAAGCCAUACGAUUAAGAAACAUGGAAAGCACUUUACUGUUUGCUAGGGGAAAUAUAUAUUCCCUAAAUAUGGGAGAUCUUGCAAUGCAGAGGAACUCUACUGAUAUAAGAUUUCUGGAAAACUGUACAUCUCUUGAGUACUUUGAUGAUCACUUGUGAUCUCACUGUGGAGAAGAAUAUUAGGAAUGUGAGAAAUAUUGUUGAGUCAUCAUUUUUUUCCAUUAGAUUGUUGCUCAUGCUUAAUAAACAUGGGGUGAUUCACAGGCCAGAGAAACGGAGUGUAGUAAAUAUGGGAAAUGCUACCCUGAGUCUGAAAUCUUAGGGUUUCUGAGAAAGGAUAGUGUUCCAGGUGGUCCCAAAGAUCUAUUUUGAACAUUUGUCAUUUGGCCGUGACCUUUCCUGGGCAGUGAUACGUCUUCCCCUCAUCAUCAGGCCAGGCCAGUCUAGUUGCUACAUUUUCCAGGUCACAACCUGGCCAAAAGUGGGCCUACAGGAUUCACACUUAAUCCUCUUUGGACCCCCUGGUUUUUCCUGUUGGAUGGACCUGGUCUUAUAUUGUGAAGACAGGAACUGCUUGACUAUGUAUGAGGCUCACCAAGUCCAUCUACAUCAAGUCCCAAUGGCCAAAGUGGAGGAUAUAGUACAUCUCUGUAAAUCUUGUAAAGAUGGCCUUGUCCUCUCUCACACCUGAUCCUUUCAGGGUCAGGGUCAAGCAUGGGAUGAGUGGAGAGGAAGUGAGAUUUCAUCUACUAAUGUGAGACACCCUGAUUUCCUGAGCUUUGUGGGAGAACCA